AUGGCUGCUGCACAGCGGACGGUGGCCGAGAGCAUGGCGGGCGUGCGGCAUACGGUGAUGGUGGUGUCGGGCAAGGGCGGCGUGGGCAAGUCGACGGUGGCGGCCCAGCUGGCCGUCGGCUUGGUCGCCCGCGGCUUCAAGGUCGGCCUCCUCGACCUCGACUUGUGCGGGCCGUCAAUGGCGCAGAUGUUUGGUCUUGAUGACGCGUCGGCCCACCAGGCCACCGCUGGCUGGGUUCCGGUCUUCCCGCCGGGCCACACCCAGCUGUGCGUCAUGUCGAUUGCCUUUCUGCUUGCCUCGCGCGACGACCCGGUCGUCUGGCGUGGCCCGCGCAAGUCGGCCAUGGUUACCCAGUUCCUCCGCGACGUUGUUUGGGGCGAGCUGGACUACCUCAUCAUCGACACCCCGCCCGGCACCUCGGACGAGCACCUUGCCGCCGUCAAGGCUCUGUCCAACCUCGCCAUCGAUGGCGCUGUGGUGGUCACCACUCCCCAGAUGGUGGCCCUGGCAGACGUCCGCCGCGAGAUCACCUUUUGUGAGACUACCAAGAUCCCUGUCCUGGGUCUUGUGGAGAACAUGUCGGGCUUUGUCUGCCCGUGCUGCAACGAGGUUACCUACGUUUACGGCAAGGACGGUGGCAAAGCGCUUGCCGGCAUGCGCAAGAUCCCCUUCCUCGGCUCCAUCCCCAUCGAUCCGCGCCUUGGCCUCUCCGCCGAAGCCGGUGCGGUCCUGGGCGCUGCUGAGUCGACCACCGAGCCGGCUGUCGAGCUGGCCGCUGGCGAAGAUGCAUCCGCAGGGGCCCAAGACACUGAGUCUGUGCCCUUUGCCUCCUCGCCUGCUGCCCUCGCCAUCGCCUCUGUCGUCGAUGCAGUUCCUGCCCGCGCCAAGGCGGCAGAGGCCGACAAGCGCCCGCCGGCAACCGACGAACAGCCGGGCGAGAGCCCACCGGCAGCAGCCACAGAACCAGCCGCAGCAGCAGCCACCGAAGUAGCAGCAACUACCGCCGCAACUUCCGCCGCAGGCGCAGACCCUGGUGAGGCCGCAGGCCGCAGACCCGCCUCGCCCCUGGCUGAGAGCCCGCCGGGCGAAGAGCUCCCGCCGCCGCCGCAGGAGCUGGCCCAUGGUGACAAGCGCAGCCGUGGCCUGCAGAUGGGCAAGGCGCCCAGGUCGCGGCAGUCUGACACCGGCUCAGUCUCGGGAUCCUCGGGCUCGUCGACCGCCACAGGGAGCUCGUCGGAAAGCAGCUCGUCAGGCUCGUCGUCGGGCUCGUCCGGCUCGUCGAGCUCGUCCGGCUCGUCGUCGUCGAGCUCGUCGGCCUGCAGCUCGUCGGGGACCGGGACAACAACCGAGACCGGAACCGGGACGGCGUCGACCGGGAGCGUAUCCCGGGCGGCCCGGCGGCUCAACACAAGCCUCGGCGAGCUGGGCGGCGGUGGUGCUGGCGCUCAGUGCAGCCCGCGGGGAAGAGACACCGCCUCACCGCCGCCGCCACCGUUUGCUGCCGCCCGUCCGUUUCACUCGCUCGCAGAGCUAAAGGCCCGGGUCCAGCCGCCGCCGGACAUGGCCGAGCCGCCGGUGUGGAUGGAGGCGACGUCGCGUCGCAUCCUGCCGUACCGUCGGCGCGCGUACUACCCGUACUCGUCCACGGCGUCGGCCAUGCAGUCGCUCGACGAGGAGAUGAAGGACUUUGUGCGCCACGUCUCGCCGUCGCCGCCCGAGCGCGCCAUGCGCGAAGCGCACGUUGCCAAGAUUCGCAAGUAUGUCAACGAGCUCUGGCCCAAGGCCACCACCGUGGUCUUUGGCUCAUUCUCCACAGACCUCUUCCUCCCGGACUCGGACAUUGACAUUGUCGUCUAUGGCGUUCGGCACCCCGACAAGCUCAACAUGCUCGCCAAGCGGCUCUACGCUGCAGGCUUUUGCUCCUACUGCCAAGUCAUUCCCACCGCCAAGAUCCCUGUCAUCAAGAUUGCCGAGAUGCACACCUACUGCCGCAUCGACCUCUGCUUUGACGUCCGCGGCGGCCCCGAGAACGCCGCCAUCAUCCGCUCAUAUAUGGCCGCCUAUCCGCAGCUCCGUCCGCUCACCGUCACCCUCAAGUAUUUUCUCUUUGAGCGUCAGCUCAACGUGCCGUUCUGGGGCGGCCUCUCCUCACACGCCCUCGUCCUCCUCAUCAUCCACAUGCUCAAGUACUACCCGCUCGACGAGGAGUUUGAGUCAGUCGAAGACGGCGAGCUCGGCGCCCGCCUCCUCCAGUUUUUCAAGCUAUACGGCUGCGAGUUCAACACUGUCCGCGAUGUGGUCUCCAUCCGCCCCAAGGCCGGAGUCCUCUCGCUCGACCUGCCCAAAAAGGCCGACUUUGGCUGGUUUGACGUCUUCCGCGCCCACGACAUUGCCAUCGAGGACCCGCACGCCUCCUCCAACGUCACCGCCAACUGCACAAACUUUCCCGUCAUCCAGCACGAGUUCAAAAAGGCGUACCACACGCUGCUCCGCUGCUCCUCCUCAGGCCGCUCGCUCGGCAACGCCCCGUCGCUCCUAUCGUCCAUCAUUGACCCUAACGCGUACUACGCUGCCCACUCGCAUCGCAUGGCCGUUGCCGCCGCCCUCGCCGCUGCCUGUACUCCUCAACAGCAGAAUCACUACCACGGUGGACCGCAAGCCGGCCUUGUCCUUGCUCCGCCGCCGGUUGGCCAGCCAGCCGUCCUGCGCGCUGGUCCGUCGUCACCCGCCUCUGCCCAGCACCGCGAGCCGGGCCUCAUGCCCGACCUCGACUCGGAUGCCCACUCUGAGUCCGCCUCGGGCGACGACGCCCAUGACGGCCUUAUCUCGGCUUCACCAUCGCAAGCUGACCUCGACCGCGUCGACCAGAUGCGCGCCGAGUUUGACUCGAUGCACGUCGGCGUGACCUCCGCCGAUGCACCCAAGGCGCAGGCGCAAGCCGCUGGCACGCCGACCGGUUGGGGUGGCAAAAAGUCGUUUGCCGAGGUAGUCGCCGGCAGCAUUGAAUGA